UGUUGUACUACAAAUUACAAUUACGCGUGAGGAUUGACAACUGAUUUCUGCUCCGGCCUUAUUUGACUUUGAGCUAGCUCUAUCGUUUCUCGUGUGUCGGCUGCUCUGUAAAUGGAGAUGAAUAUCAAAUAGGCCUACACACCAUGUAGUUGAAUGUAUUGAGUAAAUCUAGUUUGAAGUUACAAAUACAAGAUGGAUAAAGUGCAGUUCAAUAAUGAGGUUGUCAACUUGAGGAACGUUGUGAAAAGGGUGAAAGUACUCAGUGCACACUCUCUAACAAGGCAGAUUACAAGGCUUCGAAAGAAAAAGGGCUCAGAGCAGCAGUUGCUGAAGAACAAGAGACGAGCGGAGAGGUUUGUGGCAGAGAUAGAAGCCAUGAAAGACCUUCAGCCAGACACUGUCACCAAGAAGGCUGUGACUAUUAAAAGGUCCCUUCAAGAUGUCCUCAACAACCCAAAGUCCACUGCAAAGGAUCGAGUGUUGGUACGAAUUAUCUACCACAAACUCAUACAAGAAAGGGUGUCGAGAUUUAAAGACAUGGUCACCAAGGACCUGCUCAUGACCGGAACCAAGAAGCACCGACGUCUCCGCAAGAGCAAAUUUGAAGCAGAGGCCGAAGCCAGACUGAAGGAGGAGGAAGAUUAUCACGUCACCUUGGAGCAGAUGAUGACACUGGAUAAGAUAAAGGGGGCUGAAAGUGACAAGGACGAUGGCAGUGAAGAUGAUAGUGACGAAGAUUUGCAAGUGACCUUCGGGAAGAUAAGAACAUUGGAUGAGAGGAAACAAGGUGAUGAAAGGGAGCAUGAUUAUGAUGAAGAUGCUCAGCUCACUUGGGAGAAGAUGAAGAUAAAGGAGAAGAUGCAUCGGGACAGGGAGAACAGUGAUGAUGAUUCAGCAGAGUCUGAGAAUGGAGAUGGAGCUAUAAAACAGUCAUUCCGUGAACGCAACACAGAAAAAUUGGAACCAGUUGCCGAAGACAGUAUUGUUUCUGAUAUUCCACAGUCAAGAAAGACUGGGAAGAGAAAACUGGACUCAAUGUUUUUAGGAAGCCUGUCAAGUAUGCAGGAUGAUGACAUCACACAGAUGUUACAGACAACAAAGAAAGAGUCCCAGAAGCAAAAAGUCAAAGCAAAGCGACUGCAGAAGCAACAGCCAAAUGUGAGAGCAGCCCAAGAGAGUUCUCGAUCACCACCAGAAACAAAGAAGCAGAAGGUCCCCAUGGUGGACCAACCAAACCCCGUCAGACAAACCACGGCGGAGAAAUUGAUACCCGGUAUCAACUGCCACCCAGAUCUCCCGCCGAGACACACUCGCAGAGAUGUCCUUGAGAAAAAAUCCCACAAACUCUUCCCCAGCAGACUCCAGAGCAAGCAGAUGUUGGCCAGUCAGUCCAGACAGAAAGCCCUGCAGCGCCCAGCUCAAGCCAGAUAUCCCACCGCUGCCACCGUUUCAUCCCAGAAGGGAGCCCCUGCCCAAGAAACCCUUCAUCCCUCCUGGGAGGCCAGCAAGAAGCGCAAAGAGGAGUCCAAAAUUGUACCAUUUCAGGGAAAGAAAAUUACCUUUGAUGAAGACUGAUGAAACCAUGGUGUCAUAUACAUGCAGCCUCUUCUCAAAGACUGGACCAGUUCCCUUCUUCAUUGGGCCUGUUGGCACUGGAGGCUCUUUUCGUCCUCAUCUAAAUGCCCAUCUUCCCAUUUUUCCCCUUCAUAUGGUGUCAAAAUUUACUCACUGAAACUCACUGAUACAUCAUAAAUCUGGAGGAGAAUAGAGUACCGGAGUGAAUAUGUUACGUGCAAAAUGAUGUGUGUAAAAGGCAUCAGUGCAAGAACCAACAAGUGCAUACUCCAUUAGUUUGCACGACACCUCCUGAUUCAACAUGGUGUCACGCUUUGGUACUCUUUAACCCUAUGUGCUGAUGGUUAAUGCAGUGCUUACCGCAGUGCAUCAUGGGAUACAGUGGGAGAACAUCGUAUGCCACGAGUAGGGAGAUGGUACACAUAGGAAUUACAUUCGAUCACAAGGAGUAAUAGGAGCAGUUGUACCUUCUCCAGUUGAAGAUAAUUCUUCAGAUUUGAAACAAUGGUUUGAAAAUUGUUGUCGCUGGAAUUAACCGUAUUCACAUGCUCAUGGUGACAGUAUAAUGCAAGGAUGACGCUCAUUUUACCCUAGCAUACAUCGCAGUAACCACCGUGUAACAUCACGAGUACAUAAGGCAGCUGCUCUGACAACAGCAAAUAGGGGUAACAGUAAAUUAACGACUCGAUGUAAGUCAAGCCGUCGUAGACACCAAGGGAAGCUCAAGUCAACUAUCAACCCAAAAUAAACAGUGUCCCAUGUAUAUUUAUUUUACCAUAUGCCAGACACAUUCAGUUGUCGUUACAAGUUCAGGCACAAGUGAAAGGCGUGUGUGUGUCCCCGUCCGUUCAUGUACAGUGUGCAUAAAAGCACAGCCGCAGCUACACUCAUCUUUUUGGACUUCACCCAUGCAACAGUUCUCAUCUUUUUGUACUUCACCCAUGCAACAAUUCUAUGACCUCUUCUGGGGAACUGUUCAGUACUUGCACGUAUUUAUUUUACUUGUGCGCAGUGUGCACCUGAUAAACAGCAAGGACGUAGCAACUGACACAUGAUGAAUUAACCAGUAAGAGUUCAGCUCUCAAUCAUGAAUAUGUACAUGCGUGAUAACCUGUAAUGUGCUUCAGUAGAGUGAAACUUUAGACUUCAGAUUGGCACAUUUUUAAGACCUAAACAAAAUCUUCUGGACACCUCACUUAUUUAAUUUCCAUGAAAUCAGUUUUAUUGUAAAUAUACUCGUUUCCUUUCAUGUUGUAUUUUGUUGGCAUUGCGUAAAAAAAGUCCCUGUGUACAAGAUUCAUUCUUGAGUUAAACGAGUCGACUUAACGUCUUCUUUUUGUAAACAUACUCUCCUGCCACUGUCCAAUAAAACUGGAAGGUUUGUGGCUGCUUUCUUAGCCAGUGUUUAUCAUCCUAAACGGGCUAAUCACAACAAAGGAACCUUGCAUUAAAUAUAGAAUGUGGGAAAACACUGGAUCGA